AGACCUUUUUUUUUUCUUCUUCCAGGUGUUUUAACAGCUUCAGAAAAAGCUCUCAUUUUUUUGUUGGGUUCCUCACUCUAAGUAGUUCAUUUUCUUCUCCAACUGAUCUAAAAAAUCUAAACUUUCUCACUGUUCAGCUACCAAUUUUGGAUUUUGCUUCUGGUUUUCAGCCCCUCAUGGGACUCUGCCAUGGAAAACCCAUUGAAACCUCACAGAGAGGAGUAGGAGGAAGAGGGGAAGACCCUUCAUCAUUCAUUGAUGAGAAAGGUGUGGUUGUUUCACUGCCACCACCAACACCAAGUUCCCAAACCACAAAACCCUCAUCAAAGUUCCCAUUUUUCAGCCCAAGCCCUUUGCCAAGCUUCUUCAAGAACUCACCUGCACCAGGUUCAAAUCCUUCAAGUGUGAGUUCAACACCUUUGAGGAUCUUCAAGAGGCCAUUCCCUCCUCCUUCUCCGGCAAAGCACAUAAGGGCUUUGCUUGCAAGGAGGCAUGGCUCUGUGAAGCCCAAUGAGGCAUCAAUUCCUGAAGGGAGUGAGUGUGAGGUUGGAUUAGACAAGAGCUUUGGGUUCUCUAAGCAGUUUUUGGUUCACUAUGAGCUUGGGGAAGAAGUGGGGCGUGGCCAUUUUGGGUACACUUGCUCUGCCAAGGGUAAAAAAGGAACCUUCAAGGGCCAUGAGGUUGCUGUCAAAGUCAUCCCAAAAGCAAAGAUGACAACUGCAAUUGCUAUUGAGGAUGUGAGGAGAGAAGUAAAGAUAUUGCGAGCUUUAACCGGGCAUAAAAACCUGGUACAAUUCUAUGAAGCCUAUGAAGAUGAUGACAAUGUUUAUAUAGUUAUGGAGUUAUGCAAAGGAGGCGAACUGCUAGAUAAGAUUCUUUCCAGAGGUGGAAAGUACUCAGAAGAGGAUGCCAGGGUUGUCAUGAUUCAGAUAUUGAGUGUUGUAGCCUAUUGUCAUCUGCAGGGUGUUGUUCACCGUGAUCUCAAGCCAGAGAAUUUUCUUUUUGCUUCUAAGGAAGAGAAUUCCACUCUGAAGGCGAUUGAUUUUGGACUCUCCGACUAUGUGAAGCCAGAUGAGAGGUUGAAUGAUAUUGUUGGAAGCGCAUAUUAUGUAGCUCCUGAAGUUUUGCAUAGAUCUUACGGGACAGAAGCAGAUAUGUGGAGCAUUGGUGUAAUUGCCUAUAUUCUUUUAUGUGGAAGUCGACCGUUUUGGGCACGGACGGAAUCUGGCAUAUUUCGAGCUGUCCUGAAGGCAGAUCCAAGUUUUGAUGAAGCUCCUUGGCCUUCUUUAUCCGCUGAUGCAAUAGAUUUUGUAAAGAGGCUGUUGAACAAGGAUUAUCGUAAAAGACUAACUGCAGCUCAGGCACUCAGUCAUCCGUGGCUGGCGAAUCAUUGCGAUGAUUUGAAGAUACCUAUUGACAUGAUAAUCCCCAAGCAAGUUAAAGCUUAUAUAUGCUCAUCAUCUUUACGUAAAUCGGCGUUAGGGGCCCUUGCAAAGACAUUAACAUUAGUGCAGCUAGCUUAUCUCAGAGAACAAUUUACUCAGUUAGGACCAAACAAAAAUGGGACAAUUUCUAUGCAGAAUUUCAAGACGGGUGUUUUAAGGUGUGCCACUGAUGCCUCAAAGGAUUCUCGGGUCUUAGAUUACGUGAGCAUGGUUAGUUCAAUCCAAUAUCGGAAAUUAGAUUUCGAGGAAUUUUGUGCUGCUGCUAUAAGUGUGCAUCAGCUAGAGGGAAUGGAGACCUGGGAACACCAUGCAAGGCGUGCCUAUGAGCUGUUCGAAAAGGAUGGAAAUAGGCCAAUCAUGAUUGAAGAGCUAGCCUCGGAACUUGGGCUUAGUCCAUCAGUACCCGUCCAUGUUGUACUCCAAGAUUGGAUAAGACACUCGGAUGGGAAGCUUAGUUUCCUGGGGUUCGUCAGGCUUCUGCACGGAGCUUCUUCUCGCACAUUUCACAAAGCUUGACACGAAUUAAUACAUGGUCUUUAUUAUUUUUUUCUUGCCAUCAUUGGCCAUAAAUCUUUAGGGGAUUUGAAUGCAUGACUCAUGAGGAAAAAACACCAUCAGAAGAUGAUAGUGUUGAUCUUGACUGCAAAAAAGAUGGAUCCUUCAUGCCUAAAAGUUUGAUGCUUGCUGCUGAAGCUAUUAUAUGCAGCAUCUUUCUGUCCAGAGUUGUGCAAUAAAAAACAAACCCUUUUUCCUCAAUGCUAUUUCUAACUCUGGUCAGUGGUUGGUGGUGCUGGGAGUUAGAAGCUUGUAAGUUGUACAGAUGAAAGUAGAGCACUGAUUGUACUUAAAAGACUAGAGGAACUACUCUACAAAAAAAAAAAAAAGAGUUAGUGUUUUUUGGGUUUGUCCCUUGUGUACCCUUGCCACUUUUCAAUAAACUCUUGCCAAUUCAGUGAGUUGCUUUAAAACAUCAUAUUUUUCCAGCAUUGUUCAUGGUCAUUUUGUUAGUAGAGAACAACAAAUGACAGAACAUCCCUUUCAUGAU